UCUAUGCUGCUGCUGCUGCUGCUUCUUUCCUCCAUAUUUUAACCAGUGUUUCUGAGUCCGUUUGCGCUCCAGUAAGGUCUGAUGGGCGCGCUGUGGACCACCCCUCACUGCGGUGCAGUAGUGAAGGAUAAAUAUAUCCCCCUCCUCCUCCUCCUCCUUUCGUUGAGUCCGCAACAUCCUGACUGGCCGAGGCUGGCGAUCAGGCAGCGGCAGCGGCAAAGCCCCCCUCAAGACGGAUGAAUUAGAAAACCCGCUGUAGCCACCCCUGUUUUUCCUUUUAUUUGUUUUGUAAUUUGAAGACCCUGGCAACAUCAUCUUAACAGUGUGAAGCGGAUACAAGAUUCACCAUGGGGAUCAAGGCUGCCCUCCCCAGAUAUGAGCUGUAUCUCUACACAGCAGUGCUCGGCGUAGCCUUGAUAUGGGCAGGCAGUUGGAUAUUUGAAGCUUCAAGUGAGAACGUAAACAGAAAGGCCUUUAAAGAAAGUGUGAAACCAGGAUGGCAUUACUUUGGCAGGAAAAUGGAUGUUGCGGACUUCGAAUGGAUUAUGUGGUUCACUACAUUCCGCAAUCACAUUCUUUUUGCUCUCGCCGGUCAUGUGAUCUUUGCCAAGAUAUUCUCCCUCAUUGCUCCAAAGAUUGGUAUAGAUGGAAGUAAGCACAGAUCCUUGAUCUUUGCCAUAUACGGUGGUUUGGCGGUCCUGGUCACCAUGGGCUGGACCUUCAUGGCCCUGGUCGUGUCUCAUUGCUUCGUGCUCUACAGCGUCGCUCUGGUCAAGAGGAAAUGGCUGUGCUUCGCGGCCGGACUCAGCACUUUAGCUUCCAUUAAGCUGGAGCCUUAUAACUCCUGGCAGGAAGCUUUGGUGACCGGAUCGUUCGACCUGCAGGACAUCCUGUUCUACGGAGGCUGUGGGUUCAGCAUCAUACGCUGUAUGAGUUUUGCUCUGGAGAACUGUGAGAAGAAGGAUGGAAACUACACGUUCUGUGAUCUGCUCAAAUACAACUUCUACCUCCCCUUCUUCUUCUUUGGACCCAUCAUGACUUUUGACAGGUUUCAUGCACAGGCCAACAACACCAAGCUGGCCCGUAAGGAGAGGGAGAUGUGGAACAUUACCACCAAAGCCUUGUUGCACCUGGGGGUGAUUCUGUUGGUGGACAUCUUCUUCCACUAUCUCUACAUCUUGACCAUCCCCGGUGACAUGAAGCUGGUCACCAAGCUAUCUGACCCGUGUCUGGCCGGUCUGGCUUAUUUCAACCUGGUCUAUGACUGGGUCAAAGCGGCCGUGAUGUUCGGCGUCAUCAACACUGUGUCGACUCUGGACCACCUGGACCCUCCUCAGCCUCCCAAAUGUAUCACCAUGCUCUAUGUGUUCGCUGAGACGCACUUUGACAGAGGCAUCAAUGACUGGCUGUGCAAGUACGUGUAUGACUAUAUCGGUGGAGAUCACGAUAAAAUCUUCAAGGAGCUUCUGGCAACCUUCUGCACUUUUGCCAUAACCACCCUGUGGCUCGGUCCAUGUGAGCUGGUUUACAUCUGGUCCUUCUUCAACUGUUUUGGCCUCAACUUUGAGCUGUGGGUGGCGAAAUUCUUCUCCCUUCCACCGUUCUCUACCAUUGAGUAUGCUAUGGGUGAAGCCAUGUCUCGUAGGAUCCGUGGUGUGUUCAAUGCUGCCAACUUCUGGGCCAUCGUCCUCUACAACGUCCUCUCCCUCAACAAUUUGGACUUUGCCAAAAUGGUGGGAAGAAGACUGAUUUUCAAAGGUUUCCCUCUGUCCAGCCUCUCUGUCUUGAUGGUGACCUACUGUGGCGUUCAGCUGGUGAAGGAGAGGGAGCGACAACUGGUCCUGCAGGAGGAGGCCGAGCAAGCGAAGGCUGUGGAGGCCAAAGAGAAAGCUGAAUAAACAGACGGACGCACUGAGUUUUACAGACUUCCUGGUCAACCGCCGCUCAAAUUUUGUUCCAUCCUCGGCUGUACGAACUAAACCGAACCAGACUGUAACAUCUAGUCUGCACGUCUAUUGUUCACAAGCCCGUGUUUUUGCUUUUGUCUUUGGGAGGCGAGGCAAUGUUUUGAACUGUGAAAUGUCCUCAAGUGCACUUGCUGUAGAUAAUCGCCAUGUCCUUUGGCACAAACUCACCGAUGGUGCAUUUGUAUUUAUAUUUUAAACAAACAAAAGAUUGUGUAAGAAAAUCAGAGGCCUGGCAAAUAUUUUAAGGUGCAAAUACUGUAUAAAAAAACAGAGAAGUUUAAAGGAGCAACAAAUUCUUGGUUGUCUCCUGUGUUCAUUACAUCACACAAAUUUGGAACUUCUUUUUUUCUUAGUCAAUAUUACUCUUUAUUGUAUUUAAGGUUAGAUGGUGUUUUAAUUUAGGAUACCUAAAACCCUCAUCAUUACAACUUUCAACCAUUCUGAAAGUCAUACUUGAUAAAACUUGAAACCAGGGUGCCACUAAUGGAGUGCAAUGAAGAAACUACAGAAAGGGUGCUGUGGAGACUCUAUAGCUCCACAUUGCUUGCAAGCUGACUGAUGUAUAUUUGCUCUACCGUCACUAAGCUAAGACACAAAUCAGAGUGUCUGUUUAGAAUGUAUUACCAUGAAAAACAUAGAAACUGAAUGUAGUUCAAACACUGACAUGUGUUCACACUGGAAACAGAGAAUAACUGCUUUAGUCCACUACAUACAGGAGGUUAAUGCAGGUAUGACAUGUUCUCCAACUUCUAUCACAUGUUCCACACCUUCAGCAUGUCAAGAUAAGAUGCUAAGAAAAGCAAAAGGCCCAGCAGGGAAUAAAGGUCACCUUAUCCUGCCUGUCAACAAAACCUGCCUGUGUGUCUUCACUGCAGCGGUGGGUUUAGAAGUUCAUGCAGGUUGUGACACCUUUUCUCAUUUUAAGGUUUUUCAUUCAUAUCUAUUUCUUUCAAAUGUUUGACUUGAAAUAAAGUUAUGUUUCAUCUAAAAGUG